GUGCCUGGUUGUGUCCCAAUGCUCUCUAUACAUAAAGGAGUGUCGCAGUUCCAGUGUUCAACAAGUGUACCGAUUGUUGGAAGUUGAACCAGUGCAUACCAACCUCUAGGACUGACUGCCCCAGGACACAAGAAACUAACCUCCAGGUAUGGCAACUACAUUACCUAGAGAGCGUGUCUUACAUGACUAUAGCAAUAUACUGUGUUUUAGCAAUAGACUGCACUCUCUGACUGGAUAAAACUAUUUGUUAUACGACAGGCAGCUAGAUAGAGGAAAGAUUUAUAUUAAGUGUGAUUGUUUAAUUUCAGUGGUAUUUGUAAGUAUCUAACAUUCUACAUAUAUAUGUUGAAUUUGAGAUACAGUAUCUAUAUAAUCAAUUAUUUUACUAUUACAAAAGUUUCAUAAUCGCUAGACCAUAGUGAGACACAUUAAUUAGGGGCUAUUUUGCUUGUGUAUUGCAAGUUUAUUAUACAGUAUAUAUUCUGUACAACAUUCAAUAACAUAGAUCUGUUGGUACCCCAGCAGAUUUUCUCCCCAGUUACCCCAUCCAGUUCUUUUUCUCCCCUUAGUUACCAAUUUCCAACUUUGUAUCACCCUCACUCACCAUAUAUAAUUUUACCUUCCUGCCCACCUCUCAUGAUAUUCACCUACCAGUAAAUAUUGUUUUUUCUGCCCUUACCCUUGGUUAGUGACAUAAACUAGUAGCCAGUUCAUUUACAAAUAGCUACUAGUUCCAAUCCACCUUGACUUCAUUUAACGUUUAAUUCACUAAUACCAACAGCUCUUUUAGUUCCUCAUUACACCUCCUGCCACAUCACUCACACUCACCAAAUACAUCUUAAUGCUACCUGUUACCUUUAUUAUCACUCACUCACCUAACAUUUAACUUCCCUCCCAACUUGACCUGGCUUCCAUCCUUCCCUUACUAUCAUCUGACAGACACUCUCACCUUUACCUACUAAACAACUAUUGCACACACUUACAAUUACCAACAUCACUCAUGUUGACCUGAACUUCCUGUACGUUUGCCUGACUUUUUCAAUUAUGUAUAUAGCACCAACAUAUUCCGCAGUGCUGUACAACAGGAAACAAAACAUAUUUAAUUCUAACAAACAUGUCAUCUUCUACAGAUACCUCUCCCUGACUCCAAACACCACUUCCGAGAUCUUUUAUUCAUAUCCCUUAUGACUGCAUUGGUGAUUCAAUUCCUCUCACCUUUUUCACCAUUUCUUCAUUCCUACACAUUUGCAUCACUGACACUUGGUAGCAUUAUUCCCAUCACCUCUGACAAUGGCACACUUAUCACUUACUCCAGCUAAUGCAUAUCUUUAUUUUUUCAUCCCGACCUUUGUACUUUCCAUAACCUUUCAGUGGGGUAGCCCUGGGCAAAGACUCUUUUAAAUUGACAUGUGCUCAGAUAUCUGAUGUUAGGUUCUGACCAGCAGAGCUAUAUGUCAAUAUUACAAGCACUAAACGUCAUUGAAUAAUGGCCUAAACAUCAAUUACUCAUUAUAACAAACAUCUAGCAGUCCCCUUCAUCCUGCCUUUUGCACCCAUAUUACUUUCUGUACCUUGUCUACGCCUAUCUUCACCCUAUGACCUAUCACUUGUAUCAAUCGUCUUUAUAUCAAUCUGCAACAAUGUUCUUAAUGUUUGAUAAUGAAAAUCAUCAUUCGUGAAUCUCAUUCUUCGCAUAUCACCUUUAAAAUGCCAUUACCUUAUUUCUAGAUUUAUGUAUAUAGUACACCCAUAUACCACUAAGAAUCAUUCACAAUCAGUCCACUUAAUUUGGCCAAGAACUAAAUGCCCUGCUACAUUUCUCAAGCUAGGGUCAGUGUUUAAACCUAUAAAGCAUUUGGCAGGUGGAGACAUGCAGUAUUGAUGUACACAGGUCUUCCUCGUUUGCGAGAUUUGGUUGCGCUCCAGAUGCACGUAUACCCUGCUUAUAAAACGUGUUUUGCAAUCUGCUUGGGAGAAUGUUCAGGAAGUGAGCUGAUGCUCAAUCUGUAUAACACCACCGUCUGCUCACCUGUGUCAAUAUAGCUGCACGUGUGGGGAAAAAAAAUCUUUAUCUACCCUACUAUUACUUUUUAGCAGAUCAACAUGGUGAAAAGCAGAUCCAGCAGAAUUUUUAUGUAGCUUAAUGCAUUAAAUAGAGUGGAGAUUUAGGUUAAAGUGUAAAGUUUUAAAUUGCAGGUCACACGCUGAAUGUUGUGUAUGUAGAAUAUACAAAUAUGUACUUAUUAUUUAUACUCCUGUCAGUCGCUGCCAUUCCACUUAGCUAACAACAGGUAGACCACAGAUGUCUGGUUUCUGUCUUCUGUUAUCUUGUUAUAAUGAACACAUAACUAAAUGCUUUUGUAUAGAGGUGGUUAUGUUGAUACAAAUUGCAUAGUAAAACUUACUAACGUAAGCAUUCCUUUAUCCACUAUUAACUCCAGUGGUUCUUAAAGCAGCACUGUCACUUUCCAUUUUUGAGAAAACCUCCCCAAAAGAUGAUAUGUCCACUUGCAAAGUGAUGCCCAAAGGAGAGGGGAAAGGCAGAUAUACUUACCUGAAAUUUUCUCUCUUCAGUGCUUUCAUCCUCUUUGGUCCAGUCUUUAUCUCUCUGUGGCUCGAUCUGCCUGAAGUCCUCACUGGUAAACCCUCAUCCACAUGAAGACUGCAAAUUGCGGGUUUAAGAUGUAGAUAGAGAAACAUGUGCAUAAACAGCGAAAUGUCAUAGGCAUCACGUAGGAAGUUGUCUGCUUCCUAUAGUCAUCACAAGUGGUGGCUCAUGGGAAACAGUAAGCUGUGCUGGGGAAAGUAGGACAGAAGAGAAAGGGUUAUACCAGUCAAUAGUGUUAUGCACAUCACUACUGACACGGAGGGAGUGGGCCUUAUCUUGAAAGCAGUAUAUUAGCCAGGCAUGCAUGCAGUUGGUGACUGGCAGUCACACUGGCCAGCCUCACUCAGAGCUGCCCAAACUGCAUAGCAUGAGUGUGUCUAAUAAUGACACUCGUGCACUGUGCUUUCUGGGAACUGGUGCCUGGGGCACUGUGGGGCAAAACAUCAAAGUAAAAUUGGUAUGAUAGGACCCUGAAAUUAGCACUGUCAUGCCAAAUAUUACAUUUCAAUGAGAUUCUCAUACAGCCACCAUGAGUUUUUCAUAAAAAUCACGUUUGACAACGCUACUUUAACCAUUUUUAACAGUAACCCUUAUUACAUAUGUAACAUUUGUGCGUGACAUAUACUUUAUUUGUAAAAUGACUAAAGUGGUCCUUUCUUCAGUUAUGUAUUUAAUACUAUAACCAGGCCUUGUUUUCGUUUUGAUAGUGAUUUCUGCUUGGUUUGCAUUGUGUAUAUUUUUUCAAAAUGAUCUAAAUCCAAACAUUUUUAACCAUUUUCUGCUGGUAAUGGCUCUGAAGGUAGAAAUUGCGAUCAAUUUACAACUGAGAUUACCUCUUGUCAUUUUGAGAAUUUCUGGAUUAAUCAUUAAUUUGUUGAAAAGUGUUGUCAGUCACUUAUUACGUCUAUUUGGUUGUUGAAUACUAUAAUGAAAAAAUGGCUGUGUGUGUUGAUGAAUCUUAUCUGGUGUGAUCACUUAAACUUUACUGUUUAAUAGAAAAUACCAAAAAAUGCCAAUAUUGCUUUAGAAAGGAGCAGUUACAGGAACAUUUCAAGCAUAUAAAGCAGAUCAGCUUGCUGAAGCAUUUUAUAUAUGUGGACUCUGUCAUUUUUCUUUGCAAUUAAUAAAAGUGCCAGUUACAGAAGAAACUGACUGUUCUUUAUAAGUGGGUGCAGAAACAAAUUCCUAGCUGUCAAUCAGACAACCGGAGUGGUUUUCUUCUGUUAGCGUCACAGAGCUCAUGAAAAUGGCGGGCCUGCAGGGCUAGAGUGCACCUGCAAGUAGUUCUCAAUGAUCUGUAAUACAGCUCAGUGAGAAGUCUAUCUAAAGAAAGAUCACAUGCGCUCACGCUCGCUGCUCUUGCUUUUCAAUGAGAAGCUUCUGAUUGGUCAAUGCACCGGAUAAAGGAGAUAAAGGCAAUACACCAGAUCUUAAAUGCGUAUUACAAUCACUAUAACCACUUUAGUUAUUUGAAGUGGCCAUGGUGGUAGGGAUCUGUAUGUCUGUGAAAUCUGUACGUAAAAGACUGCACAUACAGAGGUAUCUGCAAUUGUGUGCUAGUUUAAAGGACAGAACGUAUAAUAAAUAUGGACUGGGAGCUAAGAAGGAAGCAUCAAUUGCAGCAUAAAGAGGUGUGGAUUUCUAACUCACAUAUUUGUCUAUGUAACGUGUUUGCGUUGCCUGGCUUCUCCUCUUUUACCUUUGGUUCAUCGAGUAGUACAGUAACUAUUUCAUCAAUCUUAACAUUUUAUCAAGACAAUGGCUUCUGUCUCAGAAAAAGAACGGUUGCAUUAUUCUGCUACGUUAAUAUGUAACAUAUAUGUUAAACAAAUAGUGCUUUUAUGUGCAUUAGUUUUGUACUCAGCUUAGACUGUUCACAUGACGGGAGGCUGUGGGGUUUAUUUACUAAACCAACGUUGUGAAAAAUUAAUGAGGGGAUUUUGGAUUUCAAAAAACUUCCAAAUCAGCUAAUUUGGUGUCAAUUUUGCAUCUACUACUUCACUGUUUAAAGGAAUACUCCAUUGGUGAACAAGCUAUUUAGUAAAUAAAUCCAUAAUGAAUCUAGUCAUGCAUUUAAUUCUGCUUUUUUUUCCCUCUGGGGGUAAAUCUAAAAAAACGCUCCAGUCCAAAAUAAAGAUUGUAAAAAAAACACACACAAAAAAAACGCCAGUCAAAGGCUUUAGAAGAUAUCUAAUCUAAAAACUGUAUCCUCCAAUCAGAGGCUUUUCAUCGAGAAGCUUUUGUGCUGGAGCCGUGAAAAAUAGGUCAUUGAGAAACCUUAGCUCAGCACGCCAACCACUUCCGUAAGUUCCGGGGAGCUAAAGGAUAUGGAAGAAAACCUCUAGUGUUUCUGCCUUCAAUUAUUAAAGUUAAGAUUUUUAACGAAAUCUGCACUUUUAUAGACUGUCAUGUGAAGAACUUCAGCAAGCGUGUGUCGUGACCCUUUAAUGAAUGUAUGGUUAUUUAGUAAAGUAUUUGUUGAUUGUCUGGAAAUACCAAAUUAAUUAAAAAAUAUUAGGCCAAUAUAGCCUGAUUUGAAAAAACUAUGGUUUUUUUAGAUUCAUUAUUUUUUAAAAAUAUAUGUUUUCAGAUUGGAAUACUCUUUGAAUGCACUUUGUAUUUCUGACCAUACACGUUUAUUAUUUAUUUAUUAAUUGGAAAUCUUCAUGUUUUAGUGAGUAACCCAGCUUGUGUUUUUUUUGUGAUUCGGUCGGGUUACACAUAAUUCCUAGAGAGUUCAAUAGUGAUACCUACACAGGCUGAUCAAGUAUUCUACCAUAAUAGAUAUAGCAAUUAUCUAUAGUAAAAGGAAACCUCAAUCCUGAUACCCUAUGUUUAUCACAAAGAACCUGGAAAAUUAACAAAACUAGGCACGCAUAUUGGCUUAUUAAUCUAGAAAAACACUGCCCGGGGGCACUGGUUGUUCUGAUUUAACAUGCAUAAGUUCUGCCUAGCUUGUUUUCAAUAGAGCUGUAUAUUUAUCUAAGACAUCCAGAGAGGUCAAAAUAAAACAUUUUUAAAAUACCUUUAUACUGUAAUCUAUUUCCUUGGGAAGAUGGAACCAGAUUUACAAUAUUUGCUCAGAAACGGAAUAUUCCUGUAGAUAAGAACAUGCCUGUUCUAACCAGUCUAAAUUUUCCUACCUUCUAGAAAAUAUCAGCCAGUGCCAGAUUUGCAGAAGUGUUUAUCUGAAUAGCCUGAUCCAUGAUGCCUAUCAGAGUCUUUUAGAAUGAGUAAAUCUUUACUGGAUGAGCUUCCUAGCCCUGAUUUUUUUUCAAACUGCUUUUUUCACCUAUCAUGUGACGCUGCUCAUUAAAUAAUUUUUUAAAUUGGUGAAUUUGACAACUAAACUGCCGCUGAUUAGUUUACUAUCGCAAAAAAAAAAACAGAUUUACUUACAAUCUUACUGAUUGACAGAGUUUUGGGAGUAGAAUACAUCGAACAAAACCCAAGUGAAAGGGCACAAAGUGGUUAUAGUUACCAUACACUUUUAAAUACACUGUUUAAAGUUAUAAUAAUUCUAUAAAAGAAACAAAUGCAAAACAUUAUCCUGCUUAAUGCAGGAAAAUUCCAGCUCCCAUGUAGGAGGUGACCAGGUCUGGUGGACACCUAGUAAAUUGCCAGACUAUUAAUAAAUAGUUUGACUAUUACAUUGGAGAUGUGUCCGGCCACUCCUUGCACCAUAACCACUAGUGUAUAAUAGUGUCCUUAUUUAGGAGGGAGAGUCUCUAUUUUGGGUCCAUAUCCCUCUGUCCUUAUUUUCUGUCCUAAUCUCCCUCUUUUCUAGGAGCUCCAUAUUGUUGGUGCGACUGAGUGUAUAGCAGAGCUCCACAGCAAUAAUACUCCCAGUAAUGUGUCUUAGAUUACAGUCGCACCAUAAUGAGACAGUUGAGCAAUGUUACUUUUUUAUUUUUUUUAUAUAAAUUCUUUAUUUUUGUUGUGCAAAAAGGUUUACAAACAGGCCUGCAGUGCCAUGAUAGCAGUGACAGGCAAAUCAAGGCAUUCAGUAUCAUGACAUAGGAUUAAACUGCACAAUUUUAAAUAAGUAAACAGGGUAAUGUAGGUCUUGGCAGAAGAUAAGCAGGUAUGAGUGGUACUAAUCAGAUAUAUAAACUGGUAUUUUUGGUAUUUAAAAUAGAAUAGUAAUAUAAUAAGAUAAUAAUAGCAUGCUUCACAGGUAUAACCAGCUUCUGAUUUAUAUGUUAGCAUGGGAUUGUAGAUAAACGGGUAAUCGUGCAGGCAAUUUGCACAUGUAUCAACAAGGGAAGCAUGUUGGAAAGGUAUGAGCAUUAAUGUUAGGUCACAACCCGUGUAGCUGCUGGUCAAGGUUGCCCCUUGUAUCGGUAAAUAGGGCAAAAAACUGAAAUAUGCUAUUAUGCCACUGGGUUGGGACAAAAAUACAGAAACCAUAGGAAACAGAUAAUACUUGGUAAGACAAUGUGCAAGGAAUUUAAAAGGGAAAUAAUAAAAUAAUCUAAGAAACAGUAGUACAAUUGUGUUAACAGAUUCAUUGCAUAGCUUUAGCUGGUUCGUGACCUCUAGCUGUCUGAGCGCUUGUUGUGUUAUGGGAGCUGUGAGUCAGGAAAAAACAUUAUUUAGUGCAAUAAUUCCUGGCGCUGACCGUGAGCUGUAUCUCUGGUACCCGCUAUAUACAUUUAGGGUUAAGGUGUGUCACUGGGCGUUUUGCAUCUUAGUAGCUACUAGAUCCUAAUGGAGAGAUCUGAUUGGGCUCUGUGGUGUUCUUUGGGGCCAUGAAGACCCUGGAUGGUGAGGAGUGGGCUCUGUAGCGUGUAGUAGUUUUGAGUAGCUGCCCUGUAAAUAGUGUGUCACUUUAGUGUUAGGAUUGUUAGGAGCCUAUAUGUGCUUGAGUGGGCAUCUAGUAGUGCGUGAGUUAGCCGGUGUGCGAUCGUUGACCGCACUGAAUUUGGAAAAUAGGCUCUUCUUGGUGUUCCCCUAACUAUGGGGGAUGCACGUGGGGGGGAGGGGGUGUCGUGGGCUCCCUUACUCGCGUGGUUAUGGGUUGUAACUCCCCUCCUGUCUUUCCUGACUCGAGAAAACUCUGUAAGUGAGGCAGGCAUUGGUAAACGUAUCAAACAGGAAUAAAAACUUGUAACAAAAUAAUUGAACCAAAACGUGAGGAUGCGGCCCUUGGUUGUUUGUGUGAGCCAUAUCCAGGUAAUCAGUCAUGCCCCAUUCCGUGGUUCCUGUUGGCGUCGCGGGGUGAAGGGGACUACGGAGGUCGGGUCGUCAGGAGGUGCGGAUAGUCCCAGUUUCCCAAAUAGGGCUGGAGCUUCCUCUGCCGAGGAUAAAGUGUGAGCUGUCCCGUUGUGGAACACGCUGAGCGAUCGUGGUGGCGUCCAACGGUAGGCUAUUCCAGCAUUCCUGAGCCGGCUUGUCACUGGGAGCAUUGUGCGCCUCCACUGUAAGGUGGACCGUGAUAGGAUGUGUCUUAGAUUACAAUAAAUGUGUUUAGCAAUCAUUCUGUGUAAAUAAGUUAAAUUGUUCUUGCUCUAAAUUAUAAUUAAUUUUGUAAUUAGUUUAAUAAAUUAGUAGUAAGUUACCAAGAAUUUCUCAGAACAGCCCCGUCCAGGGGCAUACCUAGAGCAUUUGGCACCCGGGGCGGAUCCUGGGCUUGGCACCACCUCACCCUUCCACCCUCCCCAAAAAAACCUGUAACAUUUUUUAAAUGUUUUCCUUUUUUUUAUGUAUUGAACAAAUUUGGAAACUUUGCAAAACCGCUGUCAGCCCCCUUCUACAAAUCCCUUGUGUGCCCCGCCCCCUUCUACAAAACCCCUGUCCCGCCCCCUUUUACAAAUCCUGUACUGCCCCCCGUCUACAAAACCCCUGCAACCCCUUCCACAAAUCCCCUUAUAAAGACUCCUGUCCCAAUACAAAACCCCUGCCCCCUUCUACAAAAUCCCUGCAGCCCCACACACAUUUACAGGCAGACAGUCACACACACAGUUACAGGCAGACAGUCAUGCACACAGUUACAGGCAAACAUCACAUAUACAUUCACACACACACGGUCACAGGCAGACAGUCACACACUCAAAGUAAAAGGCAGCAGCAAACAGUCACAUGCACACAGUCACAGACAGAUAGUCACAUACGGUUACAGGCAACAUCAAACAGCCACAGGCAGACAGUCACACAUACAUAGUCACAUGCAGACAGUCACACAGUCACAAACACAAUUAUAGGCAGACAGUUACACACACAGUCAGUUACAGGUAGACCCCCGCCCCUAACCAUACCUCCACUCACACCCCUAACGUUAAAGUGCCUCUCUUUGUUCAUCUGAAAUGUUGAGAAGUAUGCAACGGGUUAUGGUGCUCUAUCUCUUUUAUAAAUGUAUUUUUCUUUCCCACCUCUUUACUCAUCUCUAGUUUCUAACCUCCACCUUUUGUACAGUUGUAUUUGUCAACUCACAUCAUGGCAUCCUUUCUAUUUUUCUGGUCUACCUUCUAAAUUAGAUUUUAACUACAUUGUCUAAAUGGCUGAGGGUGCAAAUAUGCAAUACCUUUUCAUUCUGUCCAUCAUACUCUGUCUUUUUUUCUUUUUAACUACAUAACUUAUUCACACAUCAAUCAUUAUGAUGGUCGCUUCCUGGAAAAUGUGAUGCUAAAUCUUUAUUUUGUAGCACUAGUAAAUUACUUGUCAUGUAAGAUUGUGUUGAUUUUUUUCUGUUCCGCUUUUCUCCUGUCAUGUUAAAGUGGCAUUCUACUUAUGAGAUGGGGAUAUCAUAGUAAUUUCCUCUUUGAGAAGCAAGGUAAUCCAAAAGAGAGAAACCCCACAAAGGAGUUUAUUCACCAAGUUUUGAAUUAUUUGAGAUUGACAAGGGAUUUGCAAAUAUCAGCCAAAAUAACCAAAUUGGAAAUAUUGUCCAACUCAGCUGGUUUGUCCCACUCAUAGUUAUUUACUAAAGUGAGAAUUCAAAGCGAAUUUCUAAUUGAAAGAAAGAGUAGCAGAACUGAAAGCAUAACUGAUAUAGACUUCCAAUUCCAGUUGACCUAUUUUGAUCUUAAAAGGACACUGCAGGCACCUAAACAACUUUAGCUUAAUGAAGCAGUUUUGGUGUAUAGACCAUACCCCUGCAGUCUCACUGCUCAAUUCUCUGCCAUUUAGGAGUUACGUCACUUUGUUUAUUGAGCCCUAGUCACACCUCCCUGCAUGUAACGUUCUUCAUAAACACUUCCUGAAUAGAUCGAUCUAAUGUUUAUACUUGCUUUAUUGCAAAUUCUGUUUCAUUCAGAAUUUCUUAUUUCCUGCUCUGUUCAUAGCCUGCUAAACCUUGCAGGAGCUGCCUAUGUGGUGAUUAAAGUUAACACCGCAGGGGAUAAAAACGUAUAAACUAAGUUAACAACUCUUUGAAACUCAAACCAUUUUUGUUUUUCAUGCAGGCUGUGUGAGUCACAGCCAGGGGAGGUGUACUUAGGGCUGCAUAAACAGAAACAUAGGUGACAACUCCUAAAAGACAGAUAAUUGAGCAGUGAGACUGCAGAGACAUGAUCUAUACAACAAAACUGCUUGAGUAAGCUAAAGUUGUUGUGAUACCUAUAACAUCCCCUUAAAUUUGGAAAAUCACUGUGAAUUCACUUUGGAUUCUCAGUUUAGUAAAUAACCAAAUGUAUGUACAUGUACUCCAAAGAAUUUUCUCUUAAUGACAGGACACUAUGAUCAGUGUUUGCACCUCGAUGUGAACAUUAUCCAUAUUAGGAAAUAUCCAUGAGUGUGCCAUGUAGGGUAAUGCUCACCAUUAUUUAAUAAUAAUGUGAGUAACAAGCAUAUUUAAAAACUGGUGUUUUAUUCUCUAGCUUGUGAAUUGUAAACAAAAUAGUAAAUUGUAAGGCAAAAUAGUUGUAAAUUGGUGGCAGUGGAGAAUUUUUCUAUUGACCCACAAUUCCAGUUCAUCUGAAAUCACCCCCAGGUGUGAGCUGGGUGCAUUGUGUAACGAAGAAUAUAUGUUCUCAUUAUUCUAGGAAUACGUUAUGAAGUUAUGUGUGUAUCCUUAGCAUUGUGUGAAGUUGAGUAUUUAGCAUUUAGAAUUGUAUGAAGUAUCAAGUGUCAGUUGAAUUGGUUCAAUCCAGGUUACAGCGAGGAAAAAUAGAAAGCCUCCAUUAUCCUAAUCUGUUUCCUUUAAAGUGUUACUGUUGUUAACCCCUUCAUGACCAAUAUCAUAUCAGGACUUUUCUAAUCCUGACCCUGCAGGGAUUGACCUCAUGGUAAGAUAGGUUACCCGGCUUAAUGUACAUGUUGCAUGUUGCCCAGGUGCUGACAAAUAUUAAUAGUUGCUGUAGGGAGAACCUGCACGAACGAGUUCUUACCUCGGCAUCUGUUUCCAGAGGGAAUAUGGAGUGCUGAAAUGUGGUAAGCAUGUUUCGAGAACUGCGAAUACUUGAGUGCUUUCCUUUGGGACGUAUUUCAUUUUAUCAUAUGUGGUAUCAGCAGUUGGAGAGCACUAUUUGGCUGAAUGCGUCGAACUAGGGUGUCAGCACGGUGUAAAAAGCAGGGGGUGUGAGGGAUUUUCUCCAUCAGAUAAUCUAGGAGGAGAUGAGAAUGGUUCAAUCCCCACAAUGAUAUUGUUGAAGCCUUUUAUGUGAUAUAUUUCACCGUUAAAAGGGGAUGAUAAAGCACAACGUAUUUUAAGUGGCUCUGUCACAGCUGAGUAUGUUGUUAAGGUAUAAUUUUGUGACAUUCCAAUGCAGUCCAAAGAUAUCAUAAAACAAAGUUUUGUCUUAUGGGCUAGAGUGAGGUUGACAUGAAUUGACAAAAGGCAGUGCUUCACCAUUAACUUUUGUCAAAUCCUAGCAGCUGUCACUGUGGGAAUAAGAUAUUGUUUUGCCCAUUGCGUGACGUUAUCUAUGAAGGUCCCUGAGGUCAUGCGGGAUCCUCCAUAGUGUGGUAUUCUUUUGCAUUGAGUAAAGUGACACAACAUGGCUCUGGCCACAUGAACUACCAGCAGCUGAAGAAGGUGCUCUGUAAACUAUAGGACAGUUUUAACUAAGUAUAUCUACUUUCCACUCCUCUAUUAUGCCACUGCAUCAUAAAAGGGACUGUCACCUUCAAGCGUCUUUGCAAAAUAUGUUUGAGGAGGUUUUUUUGUUUUUUUUUAUCGCCGCAUAGAUUUUAUAACAAUUGCAUUUCAACAAAAACAUGCAAAAAAAUAUCAGUGGAAAAACUUUGUGGUUUGAUAUAUGUUCUGUAACGAGUGCUUGGGUUUCUUAUGAAAGACUGUCCUCAGAUUUUCUUUAGUUCUUUUGCCGAUAGUUAUCAGGUUCACCAAAUUUUCUGGACACACAUCACUACCUCAUGUUGACACAGUGCUCAUAAUGGGUUCUCUGGUACAGUGUACAAAUGAUAUAAUGGAGGAUUUCUCCACUGCACAUUCCGACAAUUCCCUCGUUUCCCCUCCCCAGAAACUAGACACCAGGGAGAAAAAAUUUUGGAUGGCAGGACAGGACCCAAAGUUUGGGACAGUCCUAUCAGAUUCUGGACAUUUGGAUGGUAUGGUUUUGGCUUCAGCUGUCCUUGUGCCAGCCAUAGUGCUCCAUUUAAAGUAAAGGUUUGUUGAUACAGUACCUACUGUAGUUUAUCGUAUGGGUAAAGUGUAAGCAGAAGAUAUGACACAUCAGAGGAGUUUGGUUUUAAGUGGCCGCAGAAACCAUAGUUUUUGCCAAACUGCUCAUAAAUAAUUUUUCAGAAAUCUGGGGGACAGCACCCGUAGCCUCUCCACUAGAAGCACAACAAUGAACUAUAGUGGUUAUGAUGUCAUGCAUGUCUCUAUAAACUUGGAACAACUCACUAGAUUGAUUAGGGAAUGUAGGUGUGGCCUGGGAGAGGCUAACAUGUUACUUUUAUAGCAUCUUCUGAAAGCUAUAAAUCACAGAUUUUCUGUACGUAUGUUAUUUUCAAAGUCUCAUUCUGUUUUCCCCAUCCCUUCCCAUUUCUGGCGUGCUACUUAGUACAUUAUUUACUAAACAACAGUGAAUUAACAAGGGAUUUCAAAAUGUAUGCCAGAUAUCCAAGAAAUAAAAAUGUUGAUUUGUGUCCAACUCAACCUGUUUUUUAACUAUACCUGUUUUUUUAAGCCAUAGUAUAGAUCAGAAUGUGGCAGUGGAUGUGAUCAGAUUGGAUUUUGUUAAGGCGUUCCAUAUGGUUCCACUCAAAAGGGUACUGUACAAAUUAAAAUGAAUUGGUUUAGGUGAACAUUCUUGUGCUUGGAUCAUUACAUUUUGACUUAAAGAUAAAGUGCAGAGAGUAGUUAUGAAUGGAACAUUUUAAGAUAAAAAAGGAUAGCAUACGGUGCAUGUGUUCCUGGUCCACUUCUAUUCAACCUGUUUAUUAAUAAUCUUGCAAUAGACAUUAAAAGUCAUGAGUGAAUGUCAAAACUUUGCCAGGUAAUAUAAGGUGAGCAAAAUAUUGCUUCCCCGCACUGGAUUUUUUUUUUUUUUUUUUUAAUUCUUUAUUUAUUCCAAGACAGGUCAUCCGAUACAUAGCACAUACAAUGAGAUCAAGGCAUGUAGACAUAGGCAUAAACUCUGUGCUUUUUAGCUUUUCACGUUAUCAUCAUGAAUUCACAUUCUAGUUUGUAUAUAGUACAUAAUUUGCAAUGGUGGAGUACGCUUUGCCUGAUUUUCCCCAGGUGGUGAUUCACAACUUUAAUUAUAACCAGACUUCCUGCUUGGUCUUUUAUGGUAAAUAAAACAUGUAACAACUGUGCAGUUGUGUCACGGCCCCCGGCACGCCGCCAUGUGCGCCCGUGCCCGACCAGCACGCGCCGGGAACCGUUCCUCCACGCCGCUUGGGGAAAUCCAUGAUGGUGAGAAUAGUCAGGAGGAAGCCGAGAUAUAUCAAAGUAGCCACAGAAAUACAAUGCACUCUUGGGAACUGUAAACAGGAACCACAACAGGGCAAUGAUCCAUACCAUGAAUGUCCUUUUUAUAUCUUAUGCCUUUAAUUGAUAGCCACGCCCCCAAAAUCUUUGAAUUUGAUCGAUUUGGUGGGUAGCGACGUCAUCGGCGUCAUGAUGUCGGCACAUUUGUGCUGCAUCAUAAAAGGGGUGGAGUUACAGCGGCAGGCAUAGGAAUCGUUGGAGUCAUGAGCGGGACUGUGGGAAGGGUACCUCUCCCCUUCCUGGACCUCCCAAGGCUGUUUAAGAGCCUAGGCAACACAAGGUACCAUGACAAGCCCUCAAUGACAUCUAACUUCUCAUAUUGUACUUACUUGUUUAUUUGUCCAUUGAUACUACAGCCCCAUGUAAUAUGUGGGCACUUUACAAAUAAUAAUUUGGAUAAAUUAGGGGACUUGGCAGCCAAUUUAUACCCUAAAUUGUAAUGAGCAAUGGGAAACAAUAAAUUAGAAGGACUUAGAAUAGUUAAAGACAGCAGAUUAAGUAACAGUCUGCAAUGUCAGCAUUUGCUUAGGCCUGUAAGGUAUAAUCAUGCAUAGUAACAGGUAAUUCACAGGACAAAAAUAAAAUGUUGUCUGUUUAUAAAUCAAUGAUUUACGAUAUAUGCUAAAUUAUAUAAUCAUUUAGCAUAUAUUAUAUUGCAAUUAAUGAAUCACAUAAGGAGCGAAUUUUGAAAUUUAAGAAUAGGCUGGCAAGCAAAAGCCCUAUAACUGAAGUGUUUUAGGGAUUAAUAGAAUGUCCCCUCUGUCCCCUCUGUCUUACUUUAUAAAAGUUCCUAUUUCAAGAGAAAUCAGACACCUUCCUGUCAACAGUCAGCUGGAAGGCUACUUUUCCUUAAUUCAUUUGAGUGCUGAAGGCCACUGCUGAUGGUCAUUGGAUUCUAUGUUUCUCUGUGAGAAACGUACAUGUGCUGUAGGACCCGUGUGCUUCUCAAUGAGAAGCAGCGGGUUGGCAUAGCAGCUCCACACUAGUGUUCCUUUUAAAAAGUUAAUAUACUGCAUGUCCCAUACAUAUAUACCACUAUGGGCUUCUAACACAAUGUACCAAGUCUUGUCCAGCGAAGAAGUCCUUCCAUUGCUCAUUGCCAAGAUAACACUGUCCAUUCCAUCUACUUCCCCACAGCACAACUAUAAACUUUCUUACACAUACAUUGUAGGCGUCUCCCUAAGGUAACACUGUCAAUGUUACUAAGAAAAACUGUUCCUCACUGUCAUUCCAUACAAUGAAUGCAAAUGGAUUUCUCAAAUCCUUAUCCUAGUCUAGUGGUAUUUAAAAACCCGGUGUGCCCUAUGCCCUGAAGCCAGGGACAGCCCAGCAGAAGCUGCUUAUCAUUCCUCAAAUUCUACAAGUUCACCUUUGGAUUCCCAGAUGUUAUGAUCAAUGAGUUUCUCUUGACUCAGAAAUAACAUGUCUGACCCUUGCAUAGCUGCAAUCGUAAUAUCUGAGUCUUUAUUUUGCUAUGAUAUGAACAGGGAUCUAUUAAUAGCCUUGUGCUGUUCUGUGCUAGAAUGUAUCUGCUACAAAAUUAACUUCCAUAUCAAAGAGAAUUAAUGUGCUAAACACGCUCUAUGUCAAUUACAGGAUUAAUAACUGAAUAGUUAAAUUAUACUACCCUGUUAUCAUGUCAUAUCUUUGUAAAGCAUAUAUAUUUAAUAUCACCAUGAAUGAGAGAUUUGUCAUAGUUUCAACUUCACACAAGCGUUCCAUCUUUUAAAGGGACAGCUCUGAUCUCAGAAAGUGGAGUAUGUAUAAGUAUAUCACAGAGAUUCACAGCAAUAAAAUAAAUACAUUGCAAAUGUCAAAAAAAUUUAGAGUUUGGCAUUGCAGUUCAGCGUUUAGUGAAUAAAUUACUUAAUUUUAACAAAUUAAAUUUGAAUUACCAAGUUAUGGCUUAAAUAGCUAAUAUGGAAAAAAAAAAUUCCAAUUCAACUAUUACAGUUGAUUUGUUUCAAACUACAUAACCAGUUACAUACAUUUAUAUAGAGGUCAUCAUUAAAAAAAAAAUUCCAUAACUCCAGCCAUGCCUUUUCCAACAAAUACUUUCCUUUUCGGCUAUUAGAAAAUGUUAAGAGGUAUGCUGUGAGAAUAUCAUUUUUAUCAUAAAUUAUGACCCUGAUGCAGAAAAACUUGGCUCAACUUCAUCUUAUUUCCUAAACAUUUUAUUGAUAACGUCAGCCUUGAUUUAAUUCUGUCUUUACCCUACAGAGAUAAGAGUGAUCUUUGGAGAGGCACAUCCCUUGUGCACAGUACACAUAACACAAGACACUGGGAAAUAUUAUUUAGCUAUAAUUGUCAGUCAAAAGUUUAAUUUCUUUGAAACAUAAGCUGAAAAUAUCCUGAGGGGACAGUAAUUUAUGUACGAGAAGUGCGACAGUGGCAGGUUGUCAGUCUUAUUCAGUGGUUGCUAAACAGUGGGAUUUAAUUCAACCAAUGUAAAAGAAAAAACAGGAAAAUAUACAUUUAUAAUUUAUAACUUUAUCAACUUGUAAGUAACCCUUUCAGCGCUAGAGUGCAACUGUAUAGUACAACUGUGUGACUCAAAAACUUAUAUUACACUAUAUUCCCUUUGCUUCUUAAAGGAUGACUAUAGGGUCAGGAACACAAACACAAAAAUGUAUUCCUGACCCUAUAGGGUUAAAACCACCAUCUAGCCCCCCUGUGCCCCUCAUGCCUCCAUAAACAUAGCAAAAUCUUACUGUAUUCAAGCCAGAAGCUGUAACUCUGCAUGCUGUUUGCCUAACAAAAAACAAGCAGUCUGCUGACAUCAUCAGAAAUGGUAGCCUGAUCCAAUAACAAUGCUUCCCCAUAGGAUUGGCUAAGACUGACAAAGAGGCAGAUCAGGGGCACAGCCAGCAUGAUUCAAACACAGCCCUGGCCAAUCAGCAUCUCCUCAUAGAGAUGAAUUGAAUCAAUGAAUCUCUAUGAGGAAAGUUCAGUGUCUGCAUGCAGAGGGAGGAGAUACUGAAUGUUUGGAUGCAUUUUAGGCAGCCAUGACCCAGGAAGGAUCUCUAACAGCCAUCUGAGGAGUGGCCAGUGAAGUUAUCACUAGGCUGUAAUGUAAACACUGCAUUUUCUCUGAAAAGACAGUGUUUACAGCAAAAAGCCUGAAGGUAAUAAUUCUACUCACCAGGACAAAUGCAAUAAUCUGUAGUUGUUCUGGUGACUAUAGUGUCCCUUUAAAUAAAUGCACUGUCCACUUCAGUGUAGUUCAUUGAAAGCAUAGCUGACUGGGAGAAUUCUUCCAGUUCAGCUAUUUUUAUCUUACAUUUGGAAAGCACUUUGAAUCCUCACUUUAGUUAAUAACACUGACAGUCUUUUCUCAUGAUUCCUUGUUUUCAUAUUUCAUCAGAUAUCAUUUUUGUUGCAGGACCAAUUUUACAUCUUAUGUCGAAGAUGAAGCUUAUUCUUUUCACUGUUUUGGUAGUCUGUGUAUGGAUGACAGAAAGAGUUUCAUGUCAAAAAUCCCGUACCCGACGUGAACUGGCCCCAGGACUUCACACUCGUGGAAUAAGAGAUGCUGGUGGCUCCUACUGUGAGAAGCACAAUGCCUGUUGCCCAGAGAGAAAUGAUGGCUGCACUGUACCAUAUUUGGAUACAAUUUGUUAUUGUGACCUUUUCUGCAACAGAACUGUAUCUGACUGCUGUCCAGACUUCUGGGAAUUUUGCUUGGGAAUCAGCCCACCAAACAUUGUAGUUAAAGGUAAUUGAUCUAUCUUGGAGGGUGAUUAUAGUGAUAAUGUUAGUGUUCAUGAAGUGCCUUUGCUUAUGCCAACAAAAUGUAAAGGGACACUAUAGUCACCAGAACAACUACAACUUAUUGUAUUUGUUCUGCUGAUAUAAUCAUUCCCUUCAGGCUUUUUGCAGUAAACACUUUCUUUUUAGAGAAAAUGCAGUGUUUACAUCACAGCCUAGUGAUAGCUUCACUGGCCACUCCUCACAUGGAUACUAGAGGUGCUUUCUGGGCAGCACUGCCAUUCAGUGUAUCCACCCUCUGCAUGCAGACACCGAACUUUCCUCAUAGAGGUGCAUUGAUUCAAUUGAUCUCUAUGAUGAGAUGCUGAUUGCCCAGGUUUGUGUUUAGCUUGUGCUGACUCUGCCCUUGAUCUGCCUCCUUGACAGUCUCAGCCAAUCCUAUGGGGAAGCACUGUGAUUGGCUCAGAUAAUCACUUCUGAUGAUAUCACCCAAGCAGGCAGAUCAGGGGCAGAGCCAUCAGCUGCAGACUUGAACAAAAGUUAUAUUUUACAAAAUUUAGGGGGCAAGUGGGGAGCAGAGGGGCUAGAUGGUGGUUUGAAAACUAUACAUGUUACAUACAUGUUUGUGUUCCUGAUCCUAUAGUGUUCCUUUAAGUACUCUAAAUGAUAGAUUAUAUUUUAUGAAAUAUACAUUGCUCCAAAAUAAAGUGAUAUUGGUAGAAUUCACAUACUAAUUAAUGUUCUAAAUGUUAAAGAAUAGUCUGAAUGUGUUCACUAUAAUGAGAAUUGUCAAAAAUGCUAAAUUAAUUCAAAGUGAAUUUUAAAAUUUUGGACCAAAAUGGCCGAACUGCAAAAAGUUAGUUAUGCUUCCAGUUUGGCUAUCUAUGUCUUAAAUUUGAAUUUCACUUUGAUUUCCUGACAAUUAUCAUUUUAAUGAAUAGCCCUUAGAAUAUUCCAAAGAGAGUUAUAUUUUUAAAACAGUUAACUGAGGACUAACAUGAACUACAACCUGCAAUAGAGAGAGCUGCUACAUUAUUCUAUUUAACAUAAUGUUUAAGUAGAGCAAGACACAGUGCCAUAAUAAUUACAGUGUGUUAAUGCAUCAGCAAUUUAUGCAGUACUACUGAUUAAUGAGACUGUACCCUCGCCCCUUCAUGGGAAGACAUAGUGCACAAUACAGGGUUAACUCUCCCAAAGAGAAAUAUCUUCACAGUUUGCAUGUUUUAUCAUCAAGCCUUAUUUUCAAAGCUGUGAGACAUUUUAUGGACCAUAAUUAAUCAGCGACAAAGAGAAUCUGCGACAAAGAGUCUUUGCUAAUCAUAGUGCUUGGUGUUUAUUUCGAGAAAAUAGCAAGCAUGACCCAUAUUUUAAUGUGUAUAUAUUCACUUGAGUCUACUAUUUAUUUGUUGUGCUGUGUGUAUAAGUAACCCUCUGCUUGCAAAUAAUUUUGAAAAAAUGCUAUCUCUUGAGCAAUCUAUACUAGAAGAAAUUCUCUAUAAAACCUUUUUUUUUUUAAUAUAAUUUAUAUAAAGACAUAUGCUGUGAUCCAUGCCACAGACGUAUACCAUAUAUGUGAAGGUUUCCUGAUUUGGUAGAUGAAAGCGUUGUGUUUUUGAUAUAAUACAGCUAUUUAUAAAGAAUACUUAGUUGAGAUGACAAUUUUUAAGACCUAAAACUGGUACUGACUUUAAGGCGUUUUAGAUGCGCUUUUCAUAAAAGUUAUCUGUCUGCCUUUUUAUGUGAGUGUAAUCACUUAUUUUAAUGACAAAGUCACUUAAAAAUGUUAAGAUAAAUUAUUUAUUAUUAAUUGUGGGUAAACAGAUAGCAUCCACUUAGAGACACCAUACAAAUAGUAGAUACAUACCGUAAGCAGUACGUACUAUUUCUCUCAAUGGGCAGCCAGUGAUAGGCUGAGGAUUUAUGUUGACACUAUCACCAACUGCCUAGCAAAACCUUCCUUAUUCUGAGGAUUGAGAAAGAUAGCCAGGUGGUAGCAGUGUUGGGUGCCAAAGGACCAUCUUCAAGGUUAAACCAUUGGUGCGCAUAGGAUGGCUCCUGGACACUUUUGCCCCCAUAACAACUUAAAUGAGCUGAAAUUGCUAAAGGGGUUAUAGUGUUCUUUUUUUUAAUCUGUAUGUGUCACCCCAGGAGUAACUUCAGGGCAGUUAUAUAUAUAAACAUGUCAACUUUUAAGAUCAAAAUAAACAAUAAUAUCUUCUGGCACACACUCCAGUCUUCAAUAAUUUUUAAGAAGGGUUUAGGCAUAAACUCAGCCAGGAAACUUCUCUGCCCUCUACUGGCUCUGACUUUUUGAAUAGCACCCUUCAGCCAGAAUCUCUUGUAAAAAUCAAAGGUGUGUUUACAAUAUAUUUAUGGCAGUGAUUUGCUGUCAAUUUUAUUUUUAUGAUUGCUUUAACAGCCUAAAAGCUAUAUUAUGAAUGCAAUUUUCCUAAUGUCAAAAAUAGUGAAGAAAAACAUUUGUUGAAGGAAAGGCAUUAUCACGCAUUCACCAACUAGCUAAAACUAUAUUUUGUACAGUUAUGAAACACUAUUAAUAAAAUGCUACUAGCGCCACAAAGAAGUGUUUUUGCGUACUUCGUUAGAAUAUCCCUCCCAUUAUCCAGUGCUCCGAGUCCUACUGAUCCUCUCAAUGUUUACAUCUCGUCUUUCAGCUUGUACUAGAGAUGGCCAGCAUUUUCCAAAGGGGGCAACCUACCAAGACAACUGCAAUUUGUGGUAAGUACUGCCGUUUGUCCAUAUCGCUGUAUUUGCUGCCUUUCCUCACACCACAGACUUGCCUCCUGGGUAUAUAGAGAAUGUAUCAGCCAUUUUCUAGGGCAUGGCCCUGGCAUUCUGAAGAGGCUGAGAUCAUUCUUGAUCAGGAAUGUUGGCAAAUGGACAAAAAGAGAUGAAUGUAAAUAUUUGUCAAGCUCAGGAAGGACCUUCCUCAGAGACAUAGAUAGAGCAGGGGAAUUUUGUUACAAAGUUACCAAAAAUAAUAAAACAUUUCUUAAGGCAUUUCCUACAGCACAUCAGGGAAUUGCACUAAUUUAGUAAGUGAUCUAAACGCUUACAUGUCCAACAUGGCCUUACAAGGCUCUGAGAGAAUCUUCUUCAAUCAAAUUAUAUGGAACUAAGGCCAUAGUGAUGUCAGAUUUAAUUGCAUGGCUGACUGAGAAAGCAUUGCUUUUCCUCGAGGUCUAUUCACUUGACAGUAAGAUGACAGCUGCCUUAUAAAAAUUACACCAAAAUGGCAGAUUCUGUAAAAAUACUCUGAAUUUGUUCAAAGAGUAAAGAGCUUACUUUUAAAGUGAAUGUAAUAUAAGAUUAUUCUUUAUGUCAGGAAUAUUGGGGACCUGAAAAGAAGCCUGAAAAUGUGAAAUAGCAGAGCUGCAAAAAAAAGAAUAUGUUUGGCUGAUAUAGCUAUUUGGCCUAAAAUAUGACAGCCCCUUUUAAGUGUUCUGCUAUUUUUAGUAAACACACCCUGGACUCGUCUGUUGCUUUGACUUUUAUUGAUCGUAUGAACUAUAGAAUAUAGAAAGUAAGUUAGGUGGAACAGGAAUUUGUAUUACUUAAAGGGACACUGUAGGCACCCAGACCACUUCAGCUCAUUGAAGUGGUCUGGGUGCAAUGUCUCAUGUCCCUUAACCCUGCAAUGCUAGUUAUUGCAGUUAUUGACAAACUGCAAUAAAUACUAUUCAGGGUUAACUCCACCUCUAGUGGCUGUUUACCAGACAUCCACUAGAGGGACGUCAUAGUUUGAAACGGACCUUUGGUCUGGUAUCUGACGUUGGACGUCCUCACGCUCUGCAUGAGGACCUCCAGCGCCAGAUUAUUUCCUAAUAGGAAAGCAUUGAAUAAUGCUUUUCUAUGGGGAAAUCCUAAUGUGAGAAAGGGCCAUGACCCAGCUCCAAUGGAUAUCUGUGCUGGAUUCAGGUAAGCGACUGAAGGGGUUUUAACCCCUUAAGCACACUGGGAGGGAGGGGGCCACUGUAGGAUUCUACAGUGCCAGGAAAACGGCUUUCCUUUAAGACUAAAGUUAUGGGAGAGUUCUGUAAUGUUUAAUACCUUCUAUGCAUGUUCUAUGGAUUGAUGGGAAAGAAAACACAAAAUGAAAAAGUUCUCAAGCUAAUUCUUAGCUAAACAUAGACUCUCAGUUCAGUGCCUUAAAAGGAAGCUAAAGUUCUAAAAACAAAAGUGAGGAACAGCUCAUAAUCCGUGAUCCCUGCAGCUCGUCUUCUAUGGAAACUCAAUGUUUGAUUUACUGUACACAAGAAAAUCCAUAAUGUAAUGUUAUCUACUACGUGCAGAGUCCCUGCUCAAUGUACUCUGUAAUAUUCUAUGCUGUGUGCAGUCAAAAACUGUGAUCCGUUGCUGUGGUGUGAUGUAUGCUGUUUGCUAUGUGCAGAAAUGCAGUUUGCACACUGUUAUAUAUUACAAUACUGAUAAGUAGAAUAUUAUCUUAUAAUGCUAAGCUUGCUUUACGCUCUAAUGUACUAUAUUAGAUUAACUGCUUUUUAAUUUAUUAUAAAAAGUAAUGCUUUAAAACUGAAAAAUAAAUGAAAAUAAAAACUCAGGUGUAAGUUUCACAUAAUUGUGCAAGUGCCAUGCAACGCAAAUCUCCGCUCCCAUAUUCACAAUUAAAUAGUUUAGUUACUAACACAACAAGAAAUUUUCUUUUUUGAGAAUUGUGAAGAAUAUAUAGUGGCAUGGACAACUCAGUCUUUAAAUUUUUCCUUGGUCAAUAAAUCAGUUAGAUAAUAAUAAAAUCAAUUCCCCAGGAGGAACUCUUCGAUAAAUAAUUUUGAAUUGGUUAAAAACUUAAUAUUGAUAUACACAUCUUAUUCUAAUGUGCUGGGCCAUUUCUGCACUAUAAUGCACUUUGCUCCAACAAAAACUGGGUAAGUUGUGCUUUAAUAAAGGGUCCGGCUUGCUACUAGCCAUAGGUUUACUAAUGACCUGUACAUAACUUCUGUAUAAAAUAUAAAGAAACACACCUGGUUUAUUCAUUAAACAUCAAAUUGUAGUGAACUAAAAAACUAUUUUCUAAACCUCCAAAUUGGUUAUAGUCACAUCUUUUAGUCUGAAUUUUGCAAUUUGGAUUUAAUUUCAAUGCUAUUUACUGUUUAGUGAAUAACUCCCUCUAUGAAGACGUAUUCGCAUUGUUGUCUUGGCAGUUUAUGCGCACAUUGCAGUUGUGUCAGAAUAUAUCUGUGCAUUCCGUGUGUCCCAUUAAUAAUGGGAAUAUAGUGGCCCAUCCUGCCUACAAAUAAUCAGACCCCAGAGAAUUCUGCACAGAAACCUUUCCUGUCACCAUCAGCUGUACCUCCUCCAAAAUCAUGCGGCUCAGCAAAAAUACUAAAUAAAGAAAUGGGUAAUGAUUUGGAAAUCUACUGUAAGGAAAAUAAAUGUCAUAUUAAUAGUGAAAUUAAAUUCCCUGCAAAACCUGUAAUGAUACUGUUAUCCUCGAUACAAAUUAUAUGGUCAUGCUAUAAAUCCUGUUUUAUCAAAUGUAAAUCUGGAAAGUGGGUAGAGGUUUUGUCCACUGACUUAAUAUUAUUAUGAUCAUUUGGACCAACCAUUUUUAUACAUAGGGGUCUGUAGUAAUUACCACUUCAUUAUUCCCAAAACUACAGCAGCCAUUAAGUUGAGUGGUUUGCUGGACUGUCCCCUUCUCCCCACUUUUCAGUUAAUUGGGUCCAGUGUGCCCAAGGAAAGGCCAUAUUUAGCUAGAAUUUUCCACUACAAACUGAAUUGUUGCACUAAUGUUAAAAUGGCAGUUAUUGGCUGAAUGCGCUGGGCUAACACAGAGCUCAUAGCCAAUCAUUGCCAACCAGGCUGGACGGAAUUAACACUGACAAUGCUGAAGUGUAAAUUCUAAAUGAUCACUUCAGCUACAGGGAGGGUGGUCUCUGGAUGCUGGGGAAAGUCCAUGGUUUUUGCUAAACCUGUUCAAAACAGUUUGACACACUGAACUGUAGUGGCUUUGUUGUUUAAAAUAUCCCUUUAAAUUAGAAUGUUUUCUGUGAGCAUUUUCACGGGAUCAUUUGUGCAUCGCCUCUGAGAUUGUAUGCUGUUCAUAUUGAGAGGUGUAAUUGAGAGCCUCGCCCGUGAACUUACAUAUAUUUUUUUUUUUCCAGCACUUGUUCACAUGCCGGAAAUUGGCAUUGUGAAGAAAACGCCUGUCUUAUUAACCCAAGGACCAUUAAUGCUGUAAACAGAGGGAAUUAUGGGUAAGUGUGUGUGAAAGGUAGAGUGAUAUCCCAACACACACAUAUGCAAUCUAAUCCAUAUCCUUUGUGUUACAGGCUCUCUAGAUUUAUAAUGUUACAGGCUAUGCUCUCUCAAUUAAAUUGUAUAUUUCCUACAGCAUUGUCAACUCCUCAUACACUUUCAUGUUUCACCUAGAACUGUCCACUAAAGUGUAAAUUGUAGGUAAUUUAUAGUGAAUUCAAAGCGAUUUUCAAAUUUGAAGCCAAAAGUUCUCAACUUAACACUUACAGGGCUACUCACUAACCUUUGAAUGGAAUGACUGAGGCAAAAUAUAGCGAAGAGAUGACUUUGACUGAGUUGGGGAAUUUUUGCUAAUCAGCUACUUUUGCCUCAGUUAUUCCAUUCAGAUUUAAUUCAGAGCUUUCUGAAUAACCCUGCUAGAUUUUCAAGUUUGGAUAUAUUGGCCUACAUUUCUGAAAUUGUGUCAAUUUAGUAAGAAACGUUGUCUUUGUUUUUUGCUCUAUUACAAUGUGGUUUGUGCACUUACAGCUGGACGGCUGCAAACUACAGCAACUUCUGGGGUUUAUCUCUAGACCAAGGAAUACAAUAUCGACUGGGGACCAACAAACCCUCCCCCACAAUCAUGAACAUGAAUGAGCUACAUGUAAGUGCUCAGCUUUAUUUGGGGAGGGUGGGCCGAGUGAUCAGAACAGGGGUAACAAUUAACUAAGGUUGCAGAGAGAGAGAUUUAAAUUUAUUGUAGUACAAUAGAUGGUGGGAGGCGGAAGAGAAACAAUCAAUGCAAAAAAAUGUGAAGCCGAUUUUAUGUGUGUCUUUGUUGGUAUAAAAUAUGCUCAGUAUCGUCUAUAUCAAGUAUAUAUAGUAUUUAUGAACAGUAGGUUUUGCAUAUAUAGUGUAGUUAGUGAGUAAAGUUCAAAAAGCAGGUUGGUCUCCAAGAAAAUCAAUAAUCAAUGUUCUUGUGUGUUGCUCUUUACGUAGUGGGUGAUUUCUGAUAGUGUUUCUUACAGGAGGCAAAUACGGUGGAAACCAGGAAAAUUCUUAAAUUUUUAGAACUUAGCUGGACUUUUAUAAAUCUUCCCCUUUGAGCAUUUCCCCAGAAUUGCUUUUUAACUCAUAUUCUAUCGAAUGUGGAUAUGCAUAGAAAGUGUCCGGGCAGGUGCCUGACAUAAUAAACUACUAGAGUCUGACAGAAGUUAAUGGUAUAUAAACAGAAUACCCUUUCUCCUACCAGGGACACUGUGUGAUUUUUGGCAGACCACGAGAGCAAAUCACAAUACAGAAUAAAUUAGGUAUUUUUAAUGUAACUUCCAUUAAGGAAAUCCUGCUCCACUAAGAGCGAGUUAGGGAAGGAAAGAGGGGGGGCUGUGACUGAGGACACAGAGAGACUGGAAAAUUCCUUGAGUUAGGCUGGGCGAGGUCAUACUGAACUUAAGGGACAUAACCUGCUUACUCAUCAAAAUACUUUGUCCUUUUAUGAGAACCUUCAAAUUCUCACUAGAGUCCUUGUUUUGGCGGUAAUGUGUCAAAAUUAAACCGAAGCAAAGACAAAGUACUUUCUCUGGGACGGCAUUGUAACAGCACUGUGGGUGGUUUAUGUCCUGAUUUAGAGCAUUAGAAACCUUCUUUUGCUUUGGGCACAGUUUAAAAAUAUCUGUUUACAGGAUUAUUCUUAGAUACAAUUUAACUUAUUCCAAUAUAAAAAGUCUGGUGCUCACAUAAUAGUAUAUGAGAUAUAUAAAAUAGCAUUACAUUAUCCAAAUAGUCUGGGGAAGCAAGUUCCCAUAUAGGCCAUUUUCUCUCCUCGUAACCUACAGAUAGUAUAAGUAGCAAUUUAAUGGGUACAAAGUCCAUGCGUUUGUUAUUUAUAGCAUACACACUGCUAAGAAUCUGUCUUUCUCUACACCUACCUGUCGUCUGUCUGUCAAUGUGUCGAUCGAUCUAUCUGUCUGUACAUGUCAGUAGUUUCAACCAAAUGAUGUUUCAGACAGGAGACCUUAGCAAGUUAAAUGUGCAAAAACAUUUUUCUUAUUUUAUGGUUUUUGGUUUCUUCCUUUUUGCCAAUUGUACAUUCCGACUUCCGAGCUGAGCUAUCCUGAUAUACUAGUUUUAUGGUUCACCUCACGUGAACUCUCUUCUAUCUACCAUUCCUAUUAUUCUUAACACCUGGACUUUGCCAUCUUCAGGUAAACAUGAACAAUGAGGUCAUGCCCGUCUUUUUCAAUGCUGCAGAUAAGUGGCCGGGAAUGAUCCAUGAGCCACUGGAUCAAGGCAACUGUGCCGGUUCGUGGGCUUUCUCCACCGCAGGUAAGCAUUCCAAUUAUAGAAAGUCUGCCAUCGAUGAAGCUGCAAGUCAGAAUCUAGAUACAACAUAGCAUAAAUAGUUCAAUAUAUAUAGUGUGUGUAUAUUGAAAGAAGGUACAUAUUUCGCUCUUUAGAUCACUAAGUAUCGUGAAUGAAGACACGUAUGAUAGAACUGCACCAAUGAAUUCCAUGAAUCAAGCACAGAUAAUGGCAUAACUAAGUUUAGGGUUCACCGUGGAUUGCCACUCCCAGUAGGAACUCUGCUAGAAUUUACCCCCACAGAGACACAUGUUAAUUAAAGUAAUGCAAUUUUCUUUGAGUGCCAUAUAUAUAUAUAUAUAUAUACAUAUAAAAGGAUAUAUAAUAUAUGUUAGCCUCUAAGGGACUGUAGGAUUUCACUUCCCUUUGUUGCUUUAUAAACUCCUUCAGUGCAUGAAUUUCACACAUAUAGACAGGCAGUGUGUAUUUAAAACAUCCUGCUUAUGUCAUCAGUGACUAGUCCUGCCUGAAAAGAACGCAGUCCCUGUAAGUUUCCAUAGGAAUUCAGCCAUGCUGACAAGUGAGAAGUAAUGUAAUUGUGCUCAGCAUGCAAUCUACUGCAAAGAUAUUCAAACACCAGGACUCCAGCUAUUAAUGAUCUACAGCUACUAUGAAACAUUGCCAGUCAAAAUGCUAUGUGUUUUGCUGGCAAAGAAUUUUGGGAGUUUUAGUUGCCCACACUCAAUAUCAAUAUACAUUUCAAUACGGAGAUUAUAUUUCUAAUACUUACAAAUAUAAUAGUUUCCUGGAAUGGCAGCUGCGGAACUCCAGGUACCAAAGACAAUACUGUUAUUCAGUAACGUGAGAAUUGUUGGGACGUCCAAAUGAAUUCAAACGUUAGACCAAAAGAGCUGAACUGGAAGCAUUAGUUAACUUGGAAAAGUUUCAACCUUAAAUUUGAAAUUCACUUUGAAUUACUGACCUUUCUCACUGUAGUGAACAUCCUUAAAUGUCACCAAUAUAACUGCAAUGUUAGCAGUUACACUAAAUAUGCCCAGGCAAGGCAGUACAUAAGUCAGAAUGUAAACAUGGACUUGUUAUCUGGGUCACGGCUAAGUAGCAGAUAAUGUGUGUCCCCAUGGUGAACGCAAAAUAAAUUCCAAAAACAAUAUACAGCAGCAAAAAAGAUUCCAUGGGGACAGCGCGGGGCUACUAAGCGCUGUGCCUUACAUAGUUAGGUUUGUUAGGACAAUAUGUAUGCUUGCAGUCAUUAACUUUAAUUAAUACGUGGAAGAAGAAUGCUGAGUCAAAUUUAGGAGUUGAGUUAAAGCACAUUUUCAUAAUGUUUUUUACAACAUGAGGAUUCUGUAUCUCAAACAGCCAUUAUGGAAACUAUUUUAGAACUUUAACCUAAAAUUACACUUUGCACAGAAACUUCAAAGUUACUGUAGAAGAGAAUAUUAAUGUUUUUUUUCUGUUCAUCCUAGAAAAAAGUAAAUAGUAAAAAUAAAUAUGAACAUAAAAAUAAAUAAAAAUGAUCUAUACAUGUGUUUCAAAUUAUGUGUAGAUUUAAUGUAUGUACAGCAGAUAACUAUACACAGUGCAAAAAUAGUACACAACUGUGAAUUAGUUUGCUUGUAUAAUGCAAAAACCGAAAAGGUUGCAAGAUAUAGUGAAGGGCAGACGGCAUGUUUAUCUUAUCAGAGGAAAUACUAACAAAACAAUGGUGAUGUACUUAUAGGGUAAAUAACUUAAUCUUCCUUUGUGCCAGGCACUAUUUUGGUAAUAUGAUACAUGAAAUUAUAUUCUACUGUGUAGAGCCAAGUAUGAAAAAAGCACUAUGAUGCAAUAAAUAGAGUACAAUAUUGUAAAUAUUGUACACCAUAAACUAGACACAGACUUUGUUAGCUACCUGCUAGGUGUGAGAGGUUGGAGGCUGCCAUCUACAGGCAGUUAAAGGGUGGUGCAUAAACAAGCAGUUCUGGCUGUAGACAAUAGACCUGGAAAAUGUCUAUGCAUGAGUUAGAGUAAAUUAGUGAAAUUUUUUAAAAGUACAUAGAUUUCAAAAUAGAUACCACAUGAAUAUUUAUUUGAAAUAAUUCUCCUACUUCUCUACAUGUGAUGCACAGAAAGAUUAAGAAAACUAGCACAAAGAAAAUUCUGAAACAAAACUGUAAAAGUAAAACAGCCCCCACUGAGUUCUGGCUCCACUCUUGAGACCUUGCCGCAGAACUGAUGUGAACUUCACAUGAGUUAUAUGCAUUGAAAACAUUAAGAUAAUAUUGAAUUCUUUCUUACUUUUUCUCCCCCGCAAAGCAGAAAUGUUCGCAUCAUUUAGGGGUCUGUCCAUACGAGUGGCCGUCAUGUAUUCUAUAAAAAAUAUUACCUAUUAGAGAUGAAUAAUAAAUUCUGCUUGUUGUUUAAAAGCAAAUAAUAGUAUUACCAAACACAUAUUUACAGCUUCUAAAGAAUUAAUAACAAGAUGUCUUCUUGUUAAAAGCACGAGUGCAGAUGUGUCGUAUGAAUUAAUUUAUUUUAAAAUGUGAUUCCGUAAAUAGCUUGUCCUCAUCGUCAGAAGUAAUAGGUGACUAGGGGGCCUUAGAUUUAAAUCUUUUCUGGUCACCUUGUUUCUAUUCUGAUCACAGUAAUAGUGAACUUUCCUGUUAACAAAUUUGAGCACAAAUAGGAUAAUAAUGGUAAUGACCAGAAUUGUUUUCCCAUCAGGUGUACCACUGACCAUAACCACUAAGGUUAUAAAAUAUCAAAUUAGUUGAAAAGUAUAUAAACAAAUAUAAAAUCAGGGCCUAAGUAAUUUUAAUAGUAUGUAAAUCAUCUGAAAAUGUACAUAUUUUUUUUUGUUUUAUGUCUCCAGCGGUUGCAUCGGAUAGACUUUCCAUUCAGUCAAUGGGUCACAUGACUCCAGCUUUGUCUCCCCAGAAUCUGCUUUCUUGUGACACUCGGAACCAGCAUGGCUGCAGAGGGGGCCGGGUGGAUGGAGCUUGGUGGUAUUUAAGGAGAAGAGGGUAAUGACGCUGGAUAAUUGGAUAUGACAUUGGAGGCAGUCCUGUUAUGUGUUAUUUCUGAUAAACAAAGGAUACAGAGCUGAUGGAAUUGUUUAAGAUAUGUGCCUAGGUUUCUCUACCGCUGUGGAGCUAUGUGUAACCCAGCAGCAUUUGCCAGUGUAUAAAACUAGAAAUGAAUUGGAUUAAUCGGUGUUGUAUAAAUCAUAACUAUUCGUUGUCAGAAUCUAAAUGGUAAAGACCAAUAUUGGUCUGUAUACUAGAUUUAUCUGCAUUUCUGAUAACACAAUGUGUUACUUGAUUAAGAAACAUUAAUCUGUUCUGUCGUUUCUUUAGAGUUGUGACUGAUGACUGUUACCCAUUCGCGGCUACAGCAACAAAUGGUCAACACACCCCUUGCAUGAUGCACAGCCGUUCAGCAGGACGAGGGAAGAGGCAGGCAACCUCCCACUGCCCCAACCCACAUUCCUAUUCUAAUGAAAUCUACCAGUCCACACCAGCCUAUCGCCUGGCUUCCAGUGUGAGUCAAUUGUAGCUCUGUGUGUGGACACAUCCUUGCAUAUUAAACAUACUGUCAGUGAUACUUUAUCCCACAUUCUAUCUCUUGUUUGCUAUACAUGUUAUGCAUCAUUCAAAGGAUUACCCACUUAAGUGAAACUUCAGAGUGAAUUUAUAAUGUAAAAACAAGGUAAUCAAACUGAAAGAAUAACUGACAGAUAAUUUUUCCAGUUCGGCUAUUUUGAUCUUGAAAUUAACCUUAAAUUCUUACUUUGGAGAAUCAGCCUGUCCGUUUUGCCAUUGUUUCUCUACACUAAACCCUGUUUGCAAUCAUUACUACUACCAUACGCAUAUAGCCACUGUUCCUGCAUCAUUGGUGACAUGCUUUAAAUGUGACUUGUAUGCUUAUGCUACCAAAUGCCAUUACCCCAACUGCAUGGAAUAUUAGCAUAUUUUAGUAAGAGAGUGAUUAAAUCUAUCACUAAUAAUUUUCUUAUCGUUCUUUAAAACUGUUCAUAUUGUUGGUAUUUAAUAAGCCUAUAAGACAUCAGCCUAUAAUGCUUUCACUAUCGUGCUACCCAACUUUUGAUCUGUGUUAUUUUACUUUACUGAAGCUACAUGCACAGACCUCUGUUGGGAAACAAACAAUCUCUCCGUAUCAAUACUGGCAGCACACAACUGUACGCGAACAAGAAUAAUAUGGGUGACGUUGUGUUGACAUAGAUUCCCACCCUCCUCCUAAUUUUUACACAAACACACCAGUAUUGUAUUUGAAUAUUUUCUAAAACAGGAGAUGUAUAUUAAAUGAAGUUAGUUUAAUAGCCUUUUCAGUGCAUUUUGAAGAUAUUUGUCUAUUUUAUUAAUUUAUUACAUGACACACACAUAUCCACCUAAUCUGAUUUAGUUUCAAAGUGAUAAAGAUUUGUUCCUGGUUUUGUUUUUCAGGAGAAAGAAAUAAUGAAGGAAUUGUAUGAGAAUGGGCCUGUGCAAGGUUAGUUGUGUAGGAUGGCUAACUCACUAUGGACACGUUUUGUGGGAUGUUCCUGGUAUGCAGUGGUUAGUAGCUACCAAAAGUGGUGCAAGGAAGAACAAACACUGCAUAGGCGUCCGUGUCAUGAGUGUCCAUGGCUCAUUGAUGCACAUAGGGAGUUAAUGCUAGCCCAUCUGGUCCGAUCACACUGAAGUGCUGUUAUAGCUCAGAUUGUUGCAAACUUCAUGCUGGCCAUGAUUUAAAUGUUUCAGAAGACACAGUGUGUUUCAGUUUGCUGCAUGUGGGACUGUGUAGCCGCAGACUGGUCAUGCUGAAAGCACCUUCAAUUGGGGACUCAUGGCUCCGACAUACACUCAUUGCUCAGACAUACUGCGCUCCCAACUUAUGUGCAAGUGCUAUAUUUGUAUCUGUUCCCGCUACAUUGUCUAUAUGGUAUUUGACUUUCUAGCCUUACUAUCGCUCAGGAACCUUUGCUGCCUGGAGUGACCCAUUUUGAUGAACCUGACCAUGUCAUUGUCUUUCUCCUGUUCUGUACCUCGCUAAACUUGCCCUAGUCAAUUACUGCAUUCUGAGCUCCUCCCUCUGAAAUGCUGAUUGCAUUAGAAAGGUGGACUUAGGAUAUUACAAUCGACAUAAACACAAUAUAUAAAAACAUAUACACAGUACAGUCUGGGCUCUACCAGAGGGUUGGAUGAAUGUGCUGGCCAGUUACUGGUCCUUUGAAACUCAGCUGUCAAGUUGCAGAUGUUAUAGCACUAGACCCCCUUUCUUAUCAUUGUAGUGAUUAUGGUGCUUUGAGUUUAUGGCUCCCAACCAAAGUUUAUUGUUGAUAAGAACCAGGGCUCUCCUUGAAUGGCGUAGCCCCAGCCUUCUGAUGCUGUUUGGAUAAAAUACAUUCCCGCAUUAGUUGUGCAAGUCCGACUAAUAAACAAGGGUAGUGAUUGGCUGUGAAUGCUGGGGAGGCUUAGCAAACCCAGGCAAGCCCUUCAUAGUGCGACUCCAGUACCAUUCCACAAUAUAUCCAUUGGUACCUCAUGAUUUAUUCACUUAACUGUUUAUUUUUCAGCUAUUAUGGAGGUACAUGAAGAUUUCUUUAUGUAUAAGAGUGGAAUCUAUAGGCACACACCAGUGAUGGCAAAUGAACCAGAGAAAUACCGUCGUCAUGGGACACACUCUGUAAAGAUCACCGGGUAAGUAAAGCUUGGGCAUGGGUUUAACACUUAAAUUAAAAAAGAAACCUUGACUUUUUCUAUCUCUCGUUCUCUUCCCUUUACCCUUACUCUCCCUUCUUAUUUGGAACAUGUGUUGUUACAUUUUUAUUAUAAAUAAAUAAGUGGUCGGCAAUUAAGUUUAAGCUUAUAAUUAGUGAUGUCCCGAACAGUUCGCCGCGAACGGUUCGCCGCGGACUCAUCAUUGAGUAAACUUUGACUCUGUACCUCACAGUCAGCAGACACAUUCCAGCUAAUCAGCAGCAGACCUUCCCUCCCAGACCCUCCCACCUCCUGGACAGCAUCAAUUUUGAAGCUGCAUUCUUAGUAAGCUGUCCAGGAGGUGGGAGGGUCUGCUGCUGAUUGGCUGGAAUGUGUCUGCUGACUGUGAGGUACAGGGUCAAAGUUUACUCAAUGAUAAGUCCGCUGCGAACCGUACGUGGCAAACCGUUCGGCGAACCGUUCGGGACAUCACUACUUAUAAUUAAAACAUGUUUUGUAUUUGAAUUAAAUGUUCACCUAAAAAAAAAAUGUUGCGUUAAUCAAAAGACAAUACAAACUAUAAAAUGUAUGUCAAAUGAACACUUCAAGUAGUUGUAUGACUUUGAUGAUGAUGAUGAUAAUUCAGUUGGCUAAAUUAAAACGAAACAGAUGUCUAGUGUUUGUGUUGGGAAUUAAAAUCUGUGCAGCCUGGGUCCACUUUACACAUACACAACUUCCUGCAGAACUCCCAUGAGGUUUUAGCAAUGCAACUUUUAAAAUGUUUUAAUUUGAUAUUACAUAAAAGUCCAACAAGGUAGUCUUUACAUUUCAAUUGCCAUUCUAUCCACCUGCAAUGCUUUCUGACAUUACAGAAAUAUUUAAUAGUCUCUCACUACUAGCCCAAUACCUUCAACUGUUUUGAGAGAGCAUAACAUUUCAUCUAAACAAUGUGCUGGCAGAUUUGCUGUAUAGAUUGGAAGAAAGAUAGGUCUUUCUUUCACCUGUCAUAGAAUUGUGCCAAAGAAAUGACAAAAAAGUGAGAGUGCAUAGACCUCCCAGAAGCAGUCCAUCUGCUCUCCACAAAUGAGCUGUGGUUGCUAUGGUAACACCCUAGCUGACGCUGCUAGCUCUAACUAGGUAGCAUAAGAAUAGAGUGACUGACAUUGAAUGUCGAUCCUGACGCUCAUUCAUUGGCUGAGAACAUCAGCUGACCACUCCCAGCCAUCGAAUGCGUAUCCGUGAAUUGAAAUGAGGACUGACAUUAGCCAAACUGGAACUCUUGUCUGGGGCUGGCUGAUGAUGUCCUGUAACGCUGCCAGACCUGGAGUUACACCUCCAGCGGCAAAGGGUUUAGACUUGGUAUAUGCAGCGUUUCACAGCGAAAAUGUGCACAUACAGACUCCAGACAGCAUGAGCACCUCAAAUCACUGAAGUGGUGAUGGAACUUGGAGUAAUCUAUUAAAGUGAACGGAUCAUGACAGGGUUCAUUUAAAAUAUUAAAUAUUAUUUAUUUAACUUUAAAAACAGUGAAAAUGUGACCAUAAGAAAAGCAGAUAUUAUGUCCUGACUAUAUAUAUAUAUAUAUAUAUAUAUAUAUAUAUAUGGGUUUCUAUCUGACUUAUCUUUGUCAACCAUAUAUCCUCUUGUUCCUCUUCCCAAGGAAUGCUUUCCAUCUCUCUCUGACUCAAUCUGCUCCUUGGCACCCAUUAUUACAGUCUCUGUGCCAGUCUCAUUUUCUUUUCUUUUUUUGUUCAUUUGCUCAUCUCCUCUGUGAUUCAGCCAUCAGACGCACUCUUGGAGGUUAUAGGCAGAGUCUGCUUCACAGGUCCCUGAAAUAAGCGGAAGGGAGAGGCAGGAAGCAUUAAGGAGGUCCCUGAGGAUAGUGGGGCACAAAGAGCAAUUUACUGAACACUAGCUAUCUCCACCCAUGGAGACUUCAACAUUUCCUUUAAGGAAUAACCCUUUCUCUGCAGGAAUAUGUUGUUCGUUAACUGGGGUCCAAGACAGGGACAGAAAUGGAACUUAUAUGGUUACGUUUGUGGGAUACAGAGCAGUGUGCAGUGAUUAAAACAAUGUGAAGUGAGUGUAAGAUAAUGCAGAGCAAGAUACAGCAUGUAAUAUAAGUAGGAUAAAGAGCGACAUAUAUUCUAUUACACAGAACAAUCUGCAGUAGAAAAAAUGAGGUAUAAUGUUGUUAAAGUAUAGAGCAGUGCACAGAGACAGAUAUGUGAAUGUUUUAAAAUCACAGGGAUAGAAAGCAGUGCUGAGUUUAAUAAUAGAUACAGAGCAUCAUUCAGGGGGCAGGUAUGUGUGUGGAAGUGGGGUUAAAGAACAGCAUACACUGACACAUAUGUAGUAUAUAUAAUCUACAUACAUGAUCUGCCUGUAAUUGUAAUAGUCAAAUUAUGGUUUCCAAUGCUGUACUGAAAUAAUGCAUUGCAUUUACACGAUCAAUAAACAUUAACCUUUUGCUACACUAAACCUAAACUCAAAUAUCCCCAAACUGUAGAAUAUUACUAUGUUCCUAUUUACUAUUCAUAGUAGGCAUGGAUGUCUAAUGGGUUAAAAAGAACAGAUGGUACUUUGCUAUGCUUUACCAUAAGAACUCUGGGAUGUGGUAAUUGGGGAUCUUGUCCUUAUAUGGCUAGGGUUAUAUUCUGACGUUAUUAUGGUCAUAUCUAUAUAGAAUAGUGAACAAAAGACGGGCUUCUUGUCGGGCUGUUCUGUAGCUAUGUAGAAUCUAACUCUCCAUUCAGGAGUCCAGCAAUUACCAUCUGCUGUUGAACAUCCAUUAGUCUGUAACAUUCUUUGUUGUUUUAUUAUGUAUCAGUAACUGUAAGAAUGAACCAGAGGAAACUUUAAGUCAGAUUAGGUAUUAGUAAUUUUGGUUUAUAUAGAUCUUUAUUAACCUGGUGAAGCUUUAGCCCUAGAAGCUAUAUAUACAAGACUUAUUUCAAUCACCCUUUGAAAAAACACAGAAGAACAAAUAUAUCACAGACACUAAGCAUUACAAUACCGUAACACUUACACUAACACAAUCCUAAGCAUGUAUGUUUCCUUUGGCUUGUUCAGUAGCAAGUAAAGUAUGCAGUCAACAGCUUCAUAGUAGCCCAUUUAUAAAUUAGCCCAUGUCAUUUUGCUCAUAUACAUAUUACCUGCAUGCCAUAGAACACAAUUUAUUUUCAGCAGUGCUGUUAUUUAUAAGUAAAUAAUUAUGAAAAUGUAUUCAUAUCAUGUGCAACAUAUUAAAGGGACCUGACAGUAUAGUCACCAGUAGAGUAAGAUACCUACUUUGUAAUUAUGUUAAAGGUUCAUUUCUUUAUUUGUUAGUAAUCGUUUGCUUUAUUUUCACACGGUCUUACUAGAUGGGGAGAGGAAAGAAGGGCAGAUGGACAAAUACAGAAAUAUUGGGUAAGACCACUUUUUGUGAUAUGUGCAUAUUUGUCACUAAAGACAUUCUUUUGUCUUUUUGGGACACAAGCAAAAACUCUGUGAAAGAUACAUAUAAAGCAACCUAAAAGGUUGCCCUCUGGGCAGUUCCCUCUCAAACAAGUUCUAAUUCACUGUACCGUUUGUAUAUUGGAUUGACCACAAACAGCAAUUUGGUACUGAAAUUCCAUGCAUGUCCCCAGUGUACAAGGGCUUCAGCAACCUUGAUGAUUGGUUUUACCUUUCAAAUGGUCUGUGUGAUUGUCUUUUAUAUGUUGGUUUUGAAAUCUUGUAGAUUUUUCCCAGAAUACAUAUGUUACAAUCACAAAUGUAGUGGCCAUCUUUAGAGAUCAACUUUGGGCUCAAGCUCGUACAUGCUAAUGUGGUUCCAGUUACAGUCUAAUCAAAGUGAAACUUGAAGCCUGGAGGAUGGUUUAGCACUAGCUGUAGAGUUCUGUAUGUUAACUGAAGGUCAUAGUUUCACUCCUGAUACUGUAUCUUGUAUGGUGAGUCAGCGCGAACAUUAACGUCAUUGGUUAUUGGUUUUCAUUAAGGAUCAGUCUCGUCUCUUCAUUUUCCAUUUGAUUGUAUUAACUCUGUUUGCUCGUCUGGUUAACAGUUAAAUGCAAUUAUUUUUCAUAGCAGCAUGUUAUUAAUGACUAGUGUAACUACGUUGUACCAAACGUUAGCUAUGCCUUAUAGAUCUAAGUACAACUGUCUUACAUGGUAUGUAAAAAUAAAAAUGUUUUCUCUUUUCUUUCUCGCUUACUCUUUAGCUGGCUGCUAACUCCUGGGGCACGGAAUGGGGAGAGAGAGGAUAUUUCCGCAUUGCCCGUGGUGAAAAUGAAUGCGAAAUUGAAGCCUUUGUAGUAGGAGUAUGGGGAAGAGUUGAUAUGGAAGACGUUUCACGCAAAAAAUAAGGGGUCCAUGGACACUGUUUUUCUAUUUGGGCAAAGGGAUAGGUUAGAUCCUAGCUCAGACCCUCAGACUUUUAUUUCUGAAAACUGCAAGCUGAAUCAUGAUGUCAAAGGUGUAUCCCUCUUAUACUUAGGGGUAAAUGUGGCUUUACAGGAAACCUGUGAACCUCUGUAGGUAUUUAUUUCUUCCUGUUAAUCUAAUCACAGGACCUUUUCCAUUUUAGCCUACAUGAGGGAUGUAGAACUCUCUUACAGGAGACAACUUUGAGCGUGCAUCAGCAAGGAAAAUGCCCAAUUCCCAUACUGAUUAAAUGCUGAUGUUCUGAAAUUUAGGGUUAGUAAAGCUUUCAUAAACUGAUCCUGGUGCACUAGCUCCCAUUUAUAAUGGGACUAAUGUGAUAGCAACAAUAAUUGCUCUAUUUGUGUAUUGUCACUAGCACAUACACACCUUAGCUAUUGUCACAUUCCCCAUCAGCAGUUACUCCUCUUCUGUGUCUUCACUACACCUUAGAAAUGCAAUGGAUUUGCAUCAUUAUGGCCACAGUAAUUUGUGGAAAUAACCAGGUUAUAGACAACAGAGAUACGCUGAGCUGCUCAAUAUUAAAAUCCUCAAUGUGAGCAGGAUGCAGCAGGGGUCCUGCGUGUAGUUAAGCUUACACUAUGGUGCUGACACUGGAGAUUCAGUGUGUGGGAUUUAGAUGGGAUAAUAGUGCACAUAAUCCUAUAAGCUCUGCAUGGAUCAAAGGGGUAUUGUUUGGUGCUAUGAACAUUAGGCAAACAGGCCUGUGAACUAGUCAAAAGCAGACAUUCCCCGCCGGACAGAACUUACAGGAGGGGUGAAAACAUCCCUACAGAGGACCAAAGUGAACUAAUGGCCCCAUUAUGUAUAAUGGGUUAAGACAAAAAAAGUUAUUUGACAUUAAGUAAGAAAUGGCUUGAGAAUCACGCUCUUUUUUUACUCCCUUUCUUUAUGGUUUUUCUCCAUGGCUUAUGUUAGGUCUUCCUAUUUUUUUGUAUAAACCAGAGUUUACCACAAAUAUUGCUGUAUCGCACUACUUUUAUAUAACCCAAUACCUGGCAGAAAUGACUACCAAUCCAGCGACUUUUCCAUAAACAAGGAAAUCAUUUUGGUUUCAAAUCUUUAUUAAAACAUGAAAUCUAUGCGGACAUAAAUCUAAAUAUAUAAAAUGUGAAAAUGAGUGUAACUUAUUUAUUGAAUUGUUCCGAAAAUAAACCUGUUUGUAUGACUCCCUCCUGUACAUUAUUUUUGAAUCCAGUAUAAAUGAAAUGCUGCUAUUUUCAAAUGAAUACAUCCUGGCACAGUGAGAGUUAAAAGAGGGCAGCUCUAACAUCCAGGAGGCACUAGGUUCUUAUUACAGUUUAUUCUCUAAAUAAUCAGAUGUUAGGAGCUCUAUAUUCAGAUGGUUUUGUUCCAGAUCUCUUAUAUUGCCCUAAAUAUUGCAUUUGGUCCUCAUUCACCCAGUGUGCAAUACGAAUUUGAGUUAAACGGAGUAUUUUAUGGUAUAAAAGGUAGAUAUGGACAUGAAUGUGCCAGUUUUUUUUUUUUAUUAUUCACAUUAUAGCUAUGAAACACCUUCACCCACCAGUAAACACUAUUUCUAUUUUAUAUCUUUUUUUCCCCAUUUACCUCUGCACCAAGCUGUCUGUAAAAGAGACAGCACAUGGGUCUGGGUACGGGCUUAGAUGGGAAAAGAUUUGUAAAGAUGGGGUGAAUUAUAUCCUUGGAUAGCAAAUCCUUGAGUGUUUUAAGAAGCUGUAAAGCUUCCUAGUGUAUAGCAAAAUAUAAAUGUAGCAAGGAGAGUUCAAUAGUAAAUUAAGCAUGUUUCAAUCCAAAAAUCCAUUAUCCCUGCAGAGAAGCCAGGUAUAAGUAAUCAUACUACAGCUAUGUAUGCCGCUCUUCCCAGAACCCUCCGACAUGAAAGUUGUCAAAGCAAGUGCAAAUCAAUACUUUACAAAGAGCUCAUCCCCACUGAAACCGUGCAUGUCUAUAUCUUGCCUUUGCCAGUCGAGUAUUAUGCACAUGGAUAUAAGUUUUGCUUGGCACAGACACUUGAAGUACACGAGUUAAACAAAUAGAACCUUUUUUCCCCCAAAACGAAUAUCAGCCCAAUUUGUUAUAAUGAUUGGGGAAAGCAUGCCACAAUCUACCUGAACUUUAGCUGCUGUCUUUCAUGGCCUUUAAGUUGCUUUCUUAGCUACAGGUACACUGUGAGGUGCAUAAUGAUACUUCAGCUAUACAUUAAAGGAACACACUAUAGUGCCAAUAAAACAAAGUUGUUUUCCUGGCACUGUAGCGCCUCCCCUCCAUGGUGCAGAAGGAGUUAUAAACCCCAUCUGUUGCUUACCUGAGUGCAGCACAGAUGUCCCGUAGACAGCCACUAGAGGUGCAGUUAACCCAUAAAGGUAAUUAUUGCUGCACACUUGAAAUGAUCUACACAUCCAGUACAAAAGAGUGGUGGAUUACACAGCCUUAUCAAGAACAUCAAUGGAUAUAGGUUUUGAUAGAAAGUCUCCAUACCCAUGUGCUGUACGCCACUGGGUAAGAAAACUGUCCAUAACCAACCUAUCAAUUUAGCAAUAGAUACAAGUAUGUCAGGGCAGGAUGGUACAAAGGUCACCAAGGCUUUGGUCAGAGAGCUCAUAUCAUGGUCUCCUAACUAAGCCCCUUUUUUCAAUUUGAAGGAAGCAGAAUUUAGCUUCAUAUACAUCCUGCAUGAUCCUGUCCAUGAGCAGUCCCAGAGGUAAAGUACCUGAAAGGUAGGUAGGUCAGGUAUUAGAGGGUGAGAUCACAACCAAGAAAGAUACCAAACAGAAUCAAGUAGCACAUGAAAUAAAUAAGGGGUAGACAAUCUUCUACACUGUAUCUGGUCAGAAGUCCAUUCACCAGCCUCCACAGAAUAAAAGUGCCAAACAAAGAAGGGCAUGCUCAAUGUGAGUGAAAAUUUUUGUUCUGGAUGUGCACUGCUUACUUGGAGUUGCUAUUGCUUUUAUUAACCUUUUACUGAAACGUUUAGAAUAAAUCUUUAAUCUGUCAAUAAAUGUGUAUUAUGCUUUAUCUAAUGAGGGGGAGAGUUUUCUCCUUAUAUC